AUGGCGAAAGCGGAGCCCCCGUGUACUUCAAAGGACUUGCAGGAGCUGCAGAGGAAGCUGUCUCUGCUGAGAGCGUCUGUCCAGAGUAGCUCAAAGGUGGUUUCGUUUAUGAAGUCUCCAGCAGGUCACGACCUGGACCGGCAUCCGUUUCUGACCCUCACCUUGCAGGCAUUUGUUGCAGUGUCAGCCGUUCCUGUCGGCUUCUUCCUGCUUCUCCUGGUGCUAACCUCCCUGGCUGCUUCUGUGGGAGUCUCAUUCCUGGAAGGACUGGUCAUCUCUGUGGGCGGCCUCUCGCUGCUCUGUGUCCUGUGUGGCUUGGGCUUUGUGUCCCUCGUCAUUUCAGGGACAAUCAGAGUGUCCCUCAUGGUGGUCUCCAGCCUCAUCAACUACUGGUUUUCUCUUAGGCUAUUGCCACAACACAGCUCCAGCGGUGACUGUCCGCUGGCCAUGAAGUCUGCACAUGCAGAGGGGCUCCGCCAGGAAUGA